GACACGAGGUCCUCCAGGAGGGCGGGCUUCUUGGAGUCCGGUUAAACCCUACUUUUAACCUCGAUUGUUAAAUUGUCUCACUCUCACGCUUAUUAUUUCGGAUUCUUGAUUGUAUUCAUCAUUUAGUGUAAGGAAAUUAUAUGUGCUUACUGAAUCUUUGGCUCACACUUUCCUUUGUUUCCUCUCCACACUCCCAUAACCAAUAAGUUACCUUCAAGCUAGGCGAAAAUCCACCGAAGGCUGAACAUUGUAUCCCCGAUGGUUGUCAGGCCAUGUGUAGUUCAUGCCCGUAGUGUGGAUUCUUUUGUUUCCCUUUUAAGUUUCGUAUGUGGUUCUACUUUAUUUCUUUUCCUUCUUUGCAAUGAUACUCCCUCUUCAGUGAUAAGCUGUGUUUUUAAAUCGCUUCUUCUCCAAAAUUGUCUGCUACUUCCUGUAAUGCUGGUUGUUAUCUUUAACGUAGGUAAGUUCAUUUCUGUUGUACAUCAAUGCCCUCUAUUUGGAAACUUCUGGCGCGCAUACUUUUUAGGCUGUGUUUUUGGUCUCGGGUCAUUCUUUGCUUUUGCAUCUGCUAUGACGAAGAUUCGCAGUGACUUUUGUACUUUUGGGAUCUAUCUUGACUUCCUUGCAUUUUUUCACUGGUCCGAGUUUUAUUUCACUUCUGUUUACAACCUCAGUAACUGUUCACUCGAUAUCUAUAUGCUUACACAUAGCGCUGAAUAUUUGGCGGCCCUUACCGCAAGUGUGCUUGAAUACUGGCUAGAGAAAUACUUUCUAUACGACAUGUUCUCAUCAUGCCGAUGGAGUAUUACUCUUUUCAGUUGUCUUGGGUCUGGGUUGUGUAUUUUCGGUGAAGUUCUACGUAAGUUAGCUUUGUUUACAGCUGGGGGAAAUUUCAAUCAUUAUGUUCAGUACAAGAAAGAAGGUAAACAUCGGUUAGUAACAAGUGGAGUGUACUCGUGGUUUCGUCAUCCUGCUUAUGUUGGAUGGUUUUGUUGGUGCAUUGGUACUCAAGUUUUGCUCAUCAAUCCCAUGUGCCUAGUCGCUUAUACUGUUGUGACAUUUAUUUUUUUCAAACAAAGGAUAUAUGUAGAAGAAAAAGCACUCGUAGAUUUUUUCGGAGAAGAUUAUCGAAAGUAUCAAAAAUUGGUUUGUACUGGAAUACCUUUCAUACAUGGAUAUGUAUCUCAUUAACUCGUAUAAAGUGAUCAUGAAAAAAAUGUCAUUUUAUAUAUUUUUAUAGAAUAAAUCCUUUGAACUAU